CUAAUAUAGGACCAAUUGUAUGGAAUAAAACGAUUGACGAUAAUAUCAAACACCUAAAACUCAAGAUCAGUUAAACUAUUACUUUUAAAUAAUGAACAAAUUUGUUAUUGGUUUCAGAAAAAGUCUGCUAUAGAGCGUUAUUUCUCAAAUUAUCUAGAACAGCGGUUAAUCUAUUAGUUUCAACGCAACAAUGAAGAACAAAAUAGUUUGGUCAACAAUAGCGUAUUUGCUAACUUUUUUUUUGUUCGCUAAUUCAGUUCAAAUUAUUCCUUCAAGUUAUUAUUUUGAAAAAGCAAAAAGCGAUCUAUUAAAUCUAAUUGAAUCUGUUAAAAAUGGUAAUGACUUACCAAUGAUUGCUGGCACUGUUCGUGUAGCGUUUCACGAUUGCAUUGGUAAAGGAAAAUGUAACGGUUGUAUAGAUCAUUCAUUAUCAUCCAACAGAGGGUUAAAAAGAGUAACGGAUCGACUUGAUGCAUUAUACGAUGUUUCUUACAAAGGAAAAAUGUCAAGAGCGGAUUUUUAUGCAUUAGCAGCAGUUAUUGCUCUAACUAGGUCUACAGCCAAUGUUCCUGAUAAAUACAAUGGGCUCAAAACUUUUAAAGUGGGCAGAAAGGAUUGUGAUACGUCACCUGUUGAUUCUGAAACCAAUUCCAAUUUUCCAAGAGGAAGCGAUGGCACGUCAAAAACAUUAGGGUUUUUUAAAAGGGAGUUUGGAUUCAACACUAGAGAGGCUGUUGCUAUUUUAGGUGCGCACACACUUGGAAGAUGUCAUUUGCAAAACUCAGGAUUUGUUGGUGCCUGGGUUGAUAAUCGAUUUUCAACAGCGUUGCCGGGUGAAACUUUGGCUCCAACAAGUAUACUCGAUAAUGCUUACUUUCGAAUGAUUGUUGAUAUAGUUCCGUGGGUUCAGGUGAACAUCAAUGGAACAAGAAUCCAAUGGCAAGAACCAAAACAUCCAAUACCUAAUGACAAGUUGCCAGAAUCGAAAAGAAGUCCAUUACUUUUAAACUCUGAUAUGAGUAUUUCAUGGAUUAUAACACCCACAGAUAAUCUUGGUACAGUUUCUUGUACACCAACCUCACGAAUAAAUCCUUGCCGCCAUUCUAAUGCUCAUACAUAUGCAAAACUCUACGCCCAAAAUAAUGCAUUUUGGAUAAAAGAGUUUACAAGAGUUUUUAAUAAAAUGAUAAGUAGAAGUGAAUACACGUUAAAAGAGGUUCCCGAAACAAACUUAUACGAAGAUUUGUACUUUAAUAAUAGAAAAGUGUACAAUGAUGCCGAAGAAGUAUUUUAACUUAACACAUUUUUUUAUAUAUUUUUUUUAUAUUUUGUUAUGUUACUCUCAAGAUUUAUUGAAAGUUUAUCUAAAAUUUUUAUUAAGAAAAGAUUUGUAAACACUUUAUUCUUUAUAUUU